UCUUUGAAUCUCACAAUGAGCAGUUCAGAGGAGGACCGAGUUGAUGGCCAUCUGCGAUGUCUUGAGAUACUUCCUUGCAUGCAGGGCGUGACUGAUCAACCUCUCACAGAAAAGGGGUGGAGCAAUUCUGCUGCGGAGGAGGAUCAGAACCCAAUUCAGCAGGAGCCAACGGAGGUCAAGAUGUCGAAGCCAAAGAGCCAGCAGCUCCCUCUACACAAGGUCAUCAUGGUGGGGAGCGGAGGCGUUGGCAAAUCAGCGCUCACCCUACAGUUCAUGUACGAUGAGUUUGUAGAGGACUACGAACCCACGAAAGCAGACAGUUACCGCAAGAAAGUUACGGUAGAUGGAGAGGAGGUUCAAAUAGAUAUUCUAGACACGGCGGGCCAGGAGGAUUAUGCUGCAAUAAGGGACAACUACUUCAGAUCCGGGGAAGGAUUUCUAUGUGUCUUCAGUAUAACAGAGCAAGAAUCGUUUGCUACGACAACAGAAUUCAGGGAGCAGAUUCUUCGAGUGAAGCACGACAAAACUGAUGACCAAAUCCCCUUUUUACUAGUCGGCAACAAAUCAGACUUGGCAGACAAGAGGCAAGUCAGCGAAGAGGAAGCAUCGGAAAGAGCAAAGACGUGGAACGUGCCGUACGUUGAAACGUCAGCCAAGACGAGAGAAAAUGUUGAUAAAGUCUUCUACGAUCUCAUGAGGAAAAUCCGGGACCAAAAGGCACUAGAGACGCAGAAACAAAACGGAAAGAAGAUCAAGAAGAAAACAUCAGAGGGCAGGAGAAAGAGAAAAUGUAUCAUAUUGUGAGACUGCGAGAGACGUAGACGUUUACAACUAACGGACCAUUUUUUGUAAUGGUCUAUUUAUUUCGCCUCUUUUUUAUAUAUAUAUAUACAGUCUAAUGAUGUAAUGCAAAUGGUGGAAGCUGGUCUAUAUCACAGGCAUCAAUGGGGAAAGUCGGGUUGUGGUGUAGUAAGGAUCAGGGGCGAGUUGCAUGACACUAAAAUUUGAUUGCAAAUUGAGGACAUCAAGCGCAACUUCAUUAUCAGCCAGUCAGAAGUGUUCAUGUAGGACUAAUGAUUGAUUUUCAAGGAGUUUCAUUUCAAGCUCUGAUUUUUUAUGCAACAGGACUUCAACUGUUAAUCCAAUUUUUUUUACUAUAACAAGUUUUAUGAAACAGGCCCUAGAUAAGGAAUGAGAUUUCAUCAUAAGGGUGUAUAAAGCUCUUUGAAUGCAUUGUAGGCAACAGAUAUUUUCUAAAUACUGGGUAUGUAUUGCUGUAUAACCUUUUUACAAUAGAAAUUGCUAGAGGAUGAGAAAUAUAUAGGGGCCCCUUAUUGCCAAUUUCACGAUAACUUCCCUACUGAUACUCUCAAUAUCCUGGGUCCCGUCUUACAAAGAGUUGCGAUUGAUACGAUCAAUCACAACUAUGGACGGCCAGCAAUGUCAACAUCUAU